UGGACAAUCUGCAGACUACCAUAGGAGCUUGACCCCAAACUGAACCACAUCUGACCUCUGACCCCCAGGAUGCCUAAAGCGAACUUUGGUGAUGACCCUCGCAUUCGCCCCCGCGAGAGAAUGCCCCCUGUCACACUUGACUGGAUUGACGGCAAAAACGUCAAACUGCUCAAAGUGGCCAAUGACAGAGAAGCUUUCAAGUUUAAGAAGCUGAACGUGGCUCUAAGCAGCUUGGAGAACGUCCACAAGAGCUGCUGGCUAAGGGAGGAGAGGAGGGUCAAACAGAGCCUGCACCGGCUGACCAGUGUGUCACCCACUUACAGGAGCCAGACUCUGUUCCAGAGGCCCAGUAAGGACUUCAGAUUCAGCCCUGUUGGAGGGGCUAGCAGGGUGACGCUCCCUGUCUCCCCCCAGGCCCAAGACAGCCAGGACGAGGCCCACAUCACCCCCUCCUCCAGCAGCUGCAAGAGCAGCACCCCCCUCACCCCCAGAUCCAGCCAGAGAAGUUUGAAUCUACCCCCGUUCCCUCUCCACCCAGGAAAGGACAGCCAGGGGGCUCUGUCGGCCAGAACCUCAUCCUACUGGGGGGGUCGGUACAUGACCCUCCAGAGGCCUGGCCAGGACCCCAGCGGCCUCAGCCUCCUGUCCCAGGGCCCCCCCAGCUUCCGAGGGGGCGGCAGGACACCCCUGCUGGUCACCCCCAGCAUACUGGCCCUCCUACCCCCAGAGCUGUCCCUGGAGCUGCAGGGUCUGAAGGAGGCAGUGAUGGGGUUUCCCCUGCUGCAGCGCAAGGUCAGGGAGUUCCUGGCUUGCACUCGCAUCACCGAGCAGGAGAGACAGGCCCAGCGCAGCCUCACACUGCACCCCCUGGAGGCUCUGCACUGCAGGUACCUGCGUCUGUCUGAGAGUAACAUCAGCACAUUGCUAGAGCUGUGUAGAGAGAGCGGCAUCCAUGUUGACAUGCACGCCCACAUGAAGGACUCUGACAUCGACAUCACCAAACUGUUCACCAGCUUCCCUCUACCUGCCUCACCGUCUGACAGCACCGAGACCGUGACAAGCGUACACACACCUGUGACAGCUGCACCAAACCUCUGAGGCACACAAGCAAGAUGGAUCACAGAUUUAUGCUCUCAU